AAAUAUAUAUAUAGAGAACAGAGAAAAGUAUCAAAAAUAGACACAGAACACUUACUGAUUAAAAAAUAAAAUAUUCAAAAUUAACAAAUAGAAGUAGAUUAAAUGCAUUUUUGGUUGGCUGUUGUGGUACUUCUGUGGUCACGUGCGGUCCAUGGCUACGGCAGCAAUCCCUAUGCAAUUUCCAAUAGACAGGCCAUACGCAUUGGUCUAAUCACUGACGAUAGCACGGACAGAAUACGCCAAACGUUCGAGCAUGCCAUUGCCGUGGUUAACAGCGACCUGAGCGUCCCGCUGGUGGGUGAAACGGAGCAAGUGGCUUAUGGGAACUCUGUGCAUGCUUUUGAGCAACUAUGCAGACUAAUGCAGAAUGGGGUGGGCGCCGUAUUUGGACCUGCUGCCAGGCAUACUGCUGCCCAUCUACUGAAUGCCUGCGAUGCCAAGGAUGUGCCCUUCAUAUAUCCGCACCUGUCGUGGAGUCCACAGACCGAUGGCUUUAACCUGCAUCCGCAUCCGGAGGACAUUGCCCAUGCGCUCUUCGACAUCAUCACACAGUUCGAGUGGUCACGCUUUAUUUUCUGCUACGAGUCCUCGGAAUACCUCACCAUACUGGAUCACCUAAUGACAUUGUAUGGCACCAAGGGACCAGUCAUCAAAGUGAUGCGCUACGAUCUCAAUCUCAAUGGCAACUACAAGGCGGUUCUGCGGCGCAUCCGCAAAUCGCAGGAUAGCCGCAUCGUGGUUGUUGGCUCAACGGAGGGCGUGGCCGAGCUGCUGCGACAGGCUCAGCAAGUGGGCAUCAUGAAUGAGGACUACACAUAUUUGGUGGGAAAUCUUGAUCUGCACACCUACGAGCUGGAGGAGUACAAAUACAGCGAGGCAAAUAUAACCGGCAUACGCAUGUUUGACCCGGAUAAGAAAGAGGUGCGUGACUUAGUCGAAACACUGCAACACGAGAUAGGCGAAAGUGAGCCCAUGAACAAUGGUAAGAGCUGAGUAUCAAUUCUCCCCCAUUCCCCCUUACUUAAUUCAAUGAUUGCAGGUUCUUCCACCAUAACGUUGGCCAUGGCCCUAACCUAUGAUGCAGUGCGAGUCAUUGCCGAAACAACCAACUUUCUGCCCUACCAGCCGCAGCAGCUGAAUUGCUCUGAGCGCCAUGAUAACGUUCAGCCAGAUGGCUCCACAUUCAAGAACUAUAUGAGAUCGUUGGACAUUUUGGACAAAACCAUUACGGGACGAAUAUUUUUUCAAGGCAAUAUGCGUAAGAAAUUCAGCUUCGAUGUGAUCGAGCUGCAGCCCGUGGGUCUGGUGAAGAUCGGCACCUGGGAGGAGGGCAAAGACUUUGAAUUUAAGCGGCCACCACCGAUAAUAGAUCUGAAUGAGAACGAGGAAAAUACCUUAGUGAAUAAAACAUUUAAAGUGCUUAUCUCUGUCCCGAACAAACCCUAUGCUAGUCUGGUGGAAAGCAUUAAUACUCUGAUUGGCAAUGAUCAGUACGAGGGCUAUGGCGUAGAUCUGAUUAAGGAGCUGGCUGACAAACUUGGCUUCAACUUUACCUUUCACAAUGGUGGCAAUGAUUAUGGCUCCUUCAAUAAGAGCACAAACAUGACAACAGGAAUGCUCAAGGAAAUUGUUGAGGGCCAUGCAGACCUGGCCAUCACUGAUUUGACUAUCACUUCAGAAAGAGAGGAAGCCAUUGACUUCUCCAUACCAUUUAUGAACCUAGGUAUUGCCAUUUUAUAUAUAAAACCGCAAAAGGCCGAGCCUGAGAUCUUUUCAUUCAUGGACCCAUUUUCAAAGGAGGUUUGGCUGUACCUGGGCAUUGCGUAUUUAGGAGUCUCACUGUGUCUGUUUGUGCUGGGCCGUCUCUCACCUUCAGAAUGGGAUAAUCCGUAUCCCUGUAUCGAAGAGCCGGAAGAACUAGAGAAUCAAUUUACCAUAAAUAAUUCACUGUGGUUCACCACAGGAGCGUUGCUCCAACAGGGCUCUGAGAUCGCGCCCAAAGCCCUGAGCACACGUACUAUAUCAGCUAUUUGGUGGUUCUUCACGCUGAUCAUGGUAUCGUCAUACACUGCGAACUUGGCUGCGUUUCUGACCAUAGAAAACCCGUCCAGCUCAAUUAACAGCGUUGAAGAUCUGGCAGAGAACAAAGAUGACGUUCAAUACGGUGCAAAACGUACCGGCUCAACGAGAAACUUUUUCUUGACGUCCGAAGACCCGAUCUACAUGAAAAUGAAUACCUACAUGACCAAUCAUCCAGAGAUGCUUACUGAAACAAAUCAAGCUGGCGUCGAUAAAGUCAAGGCGGGCACAAAAUAUGCUUUUCUCAUGGAGUCAACGUCUAUAGAGUAUAAUACGGUGAGGGAAUGUAGUCUGAAAAAGAUUGGCGAAGCGCUGGAUGAGAAGGGUUAUGGCAUUGCAAUGCCUAAGAACUGGCCGUAUCGCGAUAAAUUCAACAAUGCGCUGCUCGAGCUGCAGGAACAGGGAGUCCUGGCUAGGCUAAAGAACAAAUGGUGGAAUGAAAUAGGUGCCGGUGUUUGCAGCGACAAGAGCGACGACGAGGGCUCUUCUGCAUUGGGCAUGAAAAAUUUAAGUGGCAUUUACGCUGUGCUAAUCGUUGGUUCAUUGUUUUCCUUUAUCAUCUCCUUUUUCUACUGGUGUUUGUUUGUCUUCAAGAAAGCCAAGUUCUAUGAGGUGCCCUUCUGCGAUGCGCUUGCUGAGGAGUUUAAGAUUGUUGUCAGUUUUGCGGAAAAUGAACGCGCUCUGAAGAGCGCCCAGUCGGUCUAUUCACGCAGUCGCAAUUCCUCACAGUCCAUAGACUCUCUGGAAACUGAUUCGGAGAAUAAUCUACCCGAUGGAGACUCAAUGUUUAUGAUUAAUAUUUUAAUAUAUUUUUCAAUAAUCACAUCAAGAAUUCCGAUUCUUAAUGCCCAAUACGAUCAUUAUGGCGGAUAUGAUAGCUUCCAAAACGCGGCCAGCAUUCCGAUUGGUUUGCUCACUGAUCAAAAUACGGAUGAAAUGAAUAUUGUAUUUGAUCAUGCAAUCGAUGUAGCUAAUGAAGAGCUGGGCCUAGCUAUGACAUCCCUAAAAGCGGAGGUGAACUACGGCGAUGCUUACCACAGUUACGGUAAGCUGUGUCGCAUGCUGGAGACGGGUAUAGCAGGUGUCUUUGGACCUUCGUCACGACACACAGCCUUGCACCUGAUGUCCAUAUGCGAUGCCAUGGAUAUACCCCAUAUAUACUCUUAUAUGAGCGAAAAUUCCGAGGGCUUUAAUUUGCAUCCCCAUCCUGCUGACCUAUCGAAGGCUCUCUAUAGCCUUAUCACUGCAUUCGAGUGGUCGCGUUUUAUAUUUCUUUAUGAGUCGGCUGAAUAUCUGAGUAUUCUGAAUGAGCUCAACUCCCUCUUCGGCAUGAAUGGGCCAAUCGUCACAGUUUUACGCUAUGACAUGCAGCUGAAUGGGAAUUACAAGCCGGUGUUAAGGCGCGUACGCAAGUCCAAAGACAAUCGGAUUGUAGUUGUGGGAUCCACAGAUACAGUGCCAGAGUUUCUAAAUCAAGCACAACAAGUUGGCAUUAUCAAUGAGGACUACAGUUAUAUCAUUGGCAAUUUAGACUUCCACUCAUUCGAUUUGGAGGAGUACAAAUACAGUGAGGCCAACAUAACAAGUUUUCGAAUGUUUUCCUCGGAAAAAAUGGUGGUCAAGGAGCUUAUGGAGAAAAUGGGCUAUACGAGCGCACAAGAUGACUUUCGGAAUGGCUCCUGUCCCAUUACCGUAGAAAUGGCUCUCACAUAUGAUGCAGUGCAAUUGUUUGCUGAAACUUUAAAGAAUCUGCCCUUUAAACCGGUCUCCCAGAAUUGCUCACAACGCACAGAAAGUGUGCGAGACGAUGGUUCCUCUUUCAAGAACUAUAUGAGAACGCUGCGUCUUAAAGACCGAUUGCUCACCGGACCUAUUUACUUUGAGGGCAACGUACGCAAAGGAUAUCAUUUGGACGUAAUUGAGCUACAGCCCUCCGGAAUAGUCAAAGUGGGCACUUGGAGCGAGGAGCGUGACUUCAGACCAGAGCGCUUGGCGGCGACCAACUCUCAAUUCGAUAAUAUUGAUAAUUCUCUGGCAAACAAGACUUUCAUCAUACUGCUUUCAGUGCCGAACAAACCUUACGCCAGCUUGGUGGAGAGCUACAAGCAGCUUGAGGGCAACAGUCAAUAUGAAGGAUAUGGUGUAGACCUGAUCAUGGAACUGGCUGACAAACUUGGAUUCAACUUUACAUUUAAGAAUGGAGGCAAUGACUACGGCUCAUACAACAAAACUUCGAACGAAUCCACGGGCAUGCUAAGAGAGAUAAUGCAUGGACACGCCGAUUUGGCAGUUACCGAUCUGACUAUAACAUCGGAGCGUCAGGAGGCCAUUGAAUUUAGUAUACCGUUUAUGAAUCUUGGCAUCGCUAUACUGUUUUUGAAGCCUCAGAAAGCCCAGCCGGAACUUUUCACCUUCAUGGAUCCAUUUUCGGAGGAGGUUUGGUGGUUUCUCGGACUGUCCUUUUUGGGCGUUUCGUUAAGCUUCUUCAUACUUGGCCGUCUGUCGCCCAGUGAAUGGGAUAACCCAUAUCCGUGCAUUGAAGAGCCAGAAGAGUUGGAGAAUCAGUUUACAAUAGGCAACUCUAUUUGGUUUACAACUGGUGCUCUGCUACAGCAAGGCUCCGAAAUAGGACCCAAAGCCUUAUCCACACGCACUGUGGCUAGUUUUUGGUGGUUCUUCACGUUGAUUGUCGUGUCCUCCUAUACAGCUAAUCUGGCUGCUUUCUUGACUAUUGAAAAACCACAAAGUUUAAUCAACAGCGUGGAUGAUUUGGCGGAUAACAAAGAUGGCGUUGUCUAUGGAGCCAAGCGAACGGGAUCAACUAGGAAUUUCUUCUUGAACUCUGAGGAUGAACGCUACAUAAAAAUGAAUAAAUUUAUGACUGAGCAUCCCGAGUAUCUAACAGAGACCAAUCAGGAGGGUGUGGACCGCGUUAAAGUUAGCACUCAAUACGCGUUUCUCAUGGAAUCAACAUCCAUUGAGUACAACACAAAACGUGAAUGUAAUCUGAAGAAAAUUGGCGAUGCUCUGGACGAGAAAGGCUAUGGCAUAGCCAUGCGGAAAAAUUGGCCCCAUCGUGAUAAAUUGAAUAAUGCUCUGCUGCAGCUGCAGGAGCAGGGCGUGCUGGAGAAGAUGAAAAACAAAUGGUGGAAUGAAGUUGGCUCUGGUAUUUGCGCCACCAAGGAAGAAGCACCAGAGGCUACAGCUCUGGCCAUGGAUAAUUUGGAAGGCGUUUUCUUCGUGCUGCUCGUGGGUUCAUGUUGUGCGUUGCUCUAUGGGGCUGUCAGCUGGGUGCUGUUCAUCGUCAAAAAGGCGCGGCACUUUAAGGUGCCGUUCAAGGAGGCCUUCUUGGAAGAGUUUCGGUUUUUAAUUGACUUCAAUAACUAUGUACGCGUGCUCAAGAGCUCGGAUUCGAUUUACUCACGCAGUCGUCAGUCUUCUAUGUCAGUGGGUUCAAUAGGACAGUAAUGAUACCAUUAAAUUGGUCAUCGUUAGCUUUAUUAAAAACUUUUUUAAUUUAAAUGGAAUGCUUGAAAUAAUUUGAAAAACACUUUUCCAAGUUCAAAUGCCUAUUAAAGCAACUGCAUAUAGCUUAACUGUUAAUACUAAUUGUUCUGUGCAAUAAACGUAGUUGAUUUGCCUAUGCACC